UACAUGAUCAGAUAAAUUCUAAAAUGUUGAAUCAAAAUAUUAUGAGUGUUUAACUAUUAGUUUUAUCAAAAUGUCUGCGCCGUUUACUAUAUUAGAGCAGCCUAUUGAUCCUUCGGCUGUGAUAUGUCGCGGGUGUCUCGCAGAAUCGGGAGAAAUGAAAAAUAUUUACGAAUGGGGCCUAGCAGAGGACUACUUUCGAAUUACAGCUGUUGUUGAGACGCUCAGAAAACCUGGCCUAUCGGAAAUGUUGUGCUCCAACUGCGAACAGACCUUGAUCAGCUUCAAGCAAUUCCGGAAACAGUGCCAGGACUCUGACCAUCACCUGAAGAGCUGUCUAAAGAAGAAGAACAAACGUAAAAACGGCAAGAACGAGCUCAUAUGCGAACUCCGCGACAAAAAGCUAGUUAUCAAAGUACAGGCACCGGAAACUGAAGAGAAAAUACUCCUGCCCUGUCCGUUCCAUUGCGAAGACACAUUCGCAAAGAAGAAUGACCUCUACGGCCAUUUGAAGAAGGUCCAUAAUGUCUCCGAAGACUUUGCGGUGGAACUUCAGUACUACUGCGCAGUAGCGAAUUGUGUGUAUAAUGUUAAUUCCGGUUCACAAAAAUGCUUCUCAGGUAGGAAGUUUUUGAAUCAACAUCAUAAUAAAGUCCAUCUUGUAAAGGGGAUUGUCUGUAAAGAUUGUAAAACUUCAUUUUCAGUUGACGUUGAUUAUCAACGCCAUAAAAAAACAUGUAACUUCGUCUUUAUCUGUCAAAUUUGUAAUGUCAAAUAUUCAAAUAAUGAAGCGUUGUUAGUGCAUUUGAUGCGGAAACAUCCCGAUGUACAUAAAAUGUAUAAAGAUGAAAGGAAAGCCGAAAAGCGUAGGUUAACCGAAAAUUCGGAUUCGAAACCAAAUGAAGUAACGAAAAUACCAAAUUUCACACCGGUUACAACUGAUUCUGAGAAACAAAACACAAAAACAACUACUCCAUCUGAAAAUCUAGAAUUUAAACUUGACAGUCCUAAAAAGGCAAGUACUCAAGUUCAAGAAAUAGCUAAUGACGUCACGUUACUGUCAUGGCCGAACUACGAACCGCGCACAGAUGACAAUUCGACACAAACAUUCGAAAACACAAUUUCUAUGAAUGAAGAUAUGUAUUUUCCCGAGAUCAUAUCGCUCUCAGACAUACAAACACAGACUCUAGAGUUUGGUUUGAGUAAAUCGAACAAGGAAACUCAGAUAAAAAGCUCAGAAACACAAUCACCAGACCUUAGUAUCAAAGAAACACAAACAUGCUUCUGUCAUUACGAUGCUCCGAAAACGAAUUUUCGUCUUUUUGAGAAUCUGACGUCGACUGAAACUCAAACGCAGUCAGCUGAUCGCUUUUCAGUCAAAAGUGAUGUCCUGUUAAGUUUCAAUUCGGCUGAAACACAGACAUGUUUCGAUGAUUCGAGUAAUGAUAGUUUGUGACAGUCGUGCAUGAAUCCGAUGACUGACGAUUCGGAGUUUAUGAAUUUUUAAAUUUUUCGAACUACUAUUUUGGGCAGAAAUAGCUUUUUACUCUGAGUUAGUCACCUUAGUGAGGCUGAUUCGCUAUUUAGGGCCGAUUUUUCAAUCGUCACAUAACUUAUCUGAGGAAUAUGUUUGACGUUUUGACAGCUUUUUUAUAGAAAACAUGUCAAACGGCCAUAUUUAUACCUCAGAUGGAAGUUAACCGAUGAUUGAAAAAUCGGGCCUAAAUGAUGCAACGGUUUACUCACACGUAUUUAUCGGGAUUGCCCGACUAGUUUCGACUCGCGACCCCAACGCAUCAGCUCACGAUUAAGGACUCCUUUGGGUCCGAAACUAGUCGGCCAAUCGGGGCAUCAUUUAACAAUUAUGUGUGUUUUUUCUAUCUAUAAAUGAAUAAAAGUGUAUAUUAAGCAUGCCGCAAAUAAACACGUUUUGACAUACGAAAAAAUCGAGUGAAAUUCGCGACUCUGAUUAGAUUCAAAUAGGUUAAAAAAAUUGCAAGUAAAAUUGAUCACCCAUCAAAUUUAUGACCGUAGCAACGUUGCAUUACAUCAUUUUUUAACUCUCUAGCUGUUACGAUUAAUGAGAUACAGUCUGAUGACAUACAGACGGAUAGCUAAGUCUUAGUAUACGUUUAGUAAGUCGAAUAUAUUCCGAUAAUUCUUAUAAUUCAUUACAAGGUUUUUUUUAGUAACUUAUACGUCUCAAAUCACGUUUUUCGUACAAAAUAAGUAUAUAAUAUUAUAAUUAAGCUAAGUACCAUUUUUAUUAAAUGUUUCAAAUAUGAGG